CUUGCAACAAGGUUACACUUGAAGCUGCUGCUGUUGAUGAAACUUUACGCACUUGGUUUGAAAUGUUGAAGAAAAGUAUGGAACUGGAUCACUCGGAAGAUGAGCGGCCAUUUUCUUCUCUCAAGCUGAUGCAGAGGAAGCAGGAUGAAGAGGCGGCCAAUACUGAACUUAGAAUGCAGGCGCAAUUUGAGUCUGCCCUCCGAUCAGUGGAAGAACACAAGGAACAUCUCAGGGAAACGGUGGAACGAAUGGAGAAGUGCAAGGAGGAUUUUAAAGAGUACUUGAAGAUUAAAGACGUGAACAGACAGCUUGCAGUGAAGAAGGCCAAACACGACAAGCACCUGGCCCAUCAGAAGCAGGAGCACCUGUAUGACCUCCGGGAAGAGACUAAUGACCUGGUUAAACUAAAAGAGCGGCUGGAGAAACGCGUGUGGAAGUACGAGCUGUAUCACCACUGCAUGGAUAGAGUGGUGCUGGCCAGCAAGCGCAAUGCUGUUCAAAUGAUGUCGCGCUACAACACUUUGAUGAUGGCCAGGGACAACCUGCAGGUGACCACCCAGCAGAACCAGGAGAGGAUCCAGAAGGCCCGGAGCAAUCUGUCCGUCCUCACCGAGCAGAGCAGCGACGCCAUCAUGCAGCUCAACAGCAGAAUGGCGCAGCUGCAGAGGGCGCUGGACGAAGCGCAGCAGAACCGCGCGCACUGGGAGAACACGUGGGCCCGCAUUCAGAAAACGGCGGCGGAGAAGACUAUGCUGUUCGGGCAGAUAAGGAUGGCCACGCUCAACCUUUACCGGAACGUGUGCAGGAAGUCCAGGUUCUGCCAGGCUUUUCCCGUGGAUCCAGAGGACAGUCCCGGGCAGCUGGAGAAGAUUGAGAUAUUCAUCACUGAAUGGAUGUCCGCUUUGAAGCUCAAAGCAACCAACACCAUCUAGGAAGAACAGGAUACUGCCGAAACACUCACUCCAGAAACUCCAUUCUGACUGUUUAGAUUACCUGCAUAUGUUUAUGGAAAUUGUAUUUAUACUAUACUGUUCAUUUUACUCUAUUCUGUUGCAAUGGCCUGAACUCAUGGGGUUUCUGAGCUUGACAAAAACAUAUUUAAACUAAUAAUUUAGAGAUAUUGAAAUGGUAUUUUUAU